AUGGUCACCCAGAACGUCAACGUAAACCCGGACAUAACCAUCUUCCGUGGGUUUAAAGACACUGGAAAUCAUGUAUGGUCCCCAUACGUAAACAAAUUAGAAGCGCGAUUGCGCUUCGCGGGCGUACGGUAUAAUAUAGGAGUAGGUUCGCCUAAAACGGCGCCUAGGGGCAAGAUACCAUACAUAGAAUGCCCCGAUCUAUCUACUACUUCCUCAUCCGGAAAGGGGGAAGGCUCCCAGCCAAAAGUACAACUCGGCGACUCUACCCUUAUUAUCAAGACCCUAACAGAGUGGGAUAUCCUUCCGGAUCUAAACAGAGCGCUAGACCCGUCGAAAAGGUUGCAAGACAUGGCACUAGUAGCCCUUCUAGAGAACAAGUUAUCUUUUUACCAAACUUGGGAGCGUUGGAUCCAGAAUUAUUACACCAUGAGGGACCAUGUUCUGUGGCCGAUCCCAUAUCCGAUCCGCGUCGUCGUGGGUUUAUUAGCUUAUCGUGCCAACGCCGCGAUGUUGAAUGGUCAAGGUACUGGCCGGUUUACCAAUGAGGAAAUUGAGCAGUCUAUGUAUGAGAUCUGGGAAGCAAUUAAUGUGCAACUUAUAACAUCGCGAUCCAGUAGUAAAGGCAGUGACGAAGAGCCAUUUUGGAUACUAGGCGGAGAAGAACCGACAGAGGCGGAUGCGUGUCUGUUUGGCUUCAUUGUAUCUGCUUGGAUAUGUACUGCCGGACCCAAAUCUCAUGACAUGAUCAAAAGUUUCCCCGUCCUCCUUGACUACGCGGGACGCAUUCACGACCGGUAUUUCCCGGAUUAUGAGAAAUGGACUGUGUAG